UACACUUGCUUCACUAUGUCUCCAAAAAUGAACAAAUUUAGUUAAACAUUAAGGGUUUUCAAGUUUCAUACGCAAAUACACGUCAAAUGGUAAAUUGUUUCGAUCAGGGGAUAGAAAUGUUGAUUUCCCUCAGUAUUGAGUGUCUCCAAUAAUCUGAUUCACGUAUUUUACAAUAUACAACAUACAACCAAGCUUGAACUUUUUGGUCUGUUUAGACAUUUGGCAAGUCAAUAUGGCGUUUUCUCCACAGGUACUGAUGCCUAUGCAAUUGUAAAUUAUUGUUUUGAGUGAGAUAGUGAUGACAUAUUCUGUUAUUUUUAUGGUUUAAUAUUGGAAUCACAGUGUAUCAAGUUUAUAGACAUGCGUAUGUUGUAAUAGAUUCUUUGAAACAAAUGUGGAAGGAUGAAAUGGAACUAGCCUGCUUGGAACAAUUAAUUAUUUAAAUAACAAUUAAAGAAAGACGAGAAUCAUACGCGUAUGUAAAUAAAAGUAUAAAAUGUUUGGGUCUCCAAGAAGUUUACGCGAGGUUUGCAUUGAUUUUAUCUGUGACAAUAUUUGGAGUUUGUGCAAAAUUCUUCACGAUGCAGAAGAACAUUCCUCUAGUUCACUGGAUACGACAACUUGCAAUCAGCAAGUUAAGUCUUCAGUAAAUGAUACUAAUAUAGAUAUUUUGGGCACGACAAUAGGUAGGACAUCUAGCGAUGUGUUGUUAGUACCAAGACUUAGUUUUAGGCAACCAGAUGUUUUUUUGCCUACUGAAAUUUCGGAACAGUUACUAUCUAACCUUUGCAAAAAGGAAACUAUAUCUGACUUGACUAUGACAUUGUUCGAUUCAAAAUCAACUAGGCUAAGACAUGUACGAUUAAAAGAUGCAUCUGCAUUAACAGCAAAAGGCUUAAAAGUUUUAAAGCAACAUAAAGUGGAAGUGCUAGUAGUAAAUGGAUUAAAGAUAACUGUUAAUGAUUUGAUAAGUUGUUUAGGUGACUGGAGUUUACAAAACCUCAGAUCAUUGAGCGUAGCAAAAGGAAGUUUUAUGGAUUGUUCACGGUAUUGUGUGGUAGUAACGUUAAGUAAAUUGAGAGCCCUGAGUACAUUAAAUGUAUCAGGAACAGAGUUUAAUAAACAUGGUUUGGAAAUAGUAGUUGAAGACCUCCCUCUACUAGAGAGUUUAGAUAUUUCAUGUACAAGUGUUGAUGAUUUAACACCAUUAAAAAAGUGUAAAAAUCGUCUAAAGUCUCUUAGUAUGUAUAAUUUGAAAAUAAAUGAAAGUUCAAAAUUAAUCUCAGUAUUAUUGGAGCUAAAUGAAUUGAGGAACUUAGAUAUUUCUGAUGAAAGAGAUAUGCAUUCUCGUUACUACGUGUUAGGGCCUGUAAGACCAAAAAUAGGAGAGUUUUUAAAAGCUGUACAUUGUAUGCCAUAUCUAUCAAAUUUAGAUUUAUCUGUUAAGAAUGAUAUAGAUACGAAAGACUUAAAAGAAUUUAUUAAAGCUCAUCGGCAUUUAAAGUUUUUGGGACUUGUAAAUACAGAUGCUUGCUAUGAAGACAGUUUAAUAAAUUCAGCUAAUAAAGAUUAUAGACCCGAUCUUGUUGUUAGUGGUACAGCAACAGAGUCCCAACUUAAGGAAUCUCUUAGAAGAUAUACAUGUAGGCCACAUUAUCUUGAGAAAUGUUUAUUUAAUUUAUUCCGAUUAUCACAUAUGUUUCUUGAACCACGAGUUGAUAUUAUAAAGUUAGUGUUAUCUGCAAUGAAAGAGAAUCUACACGAAGCUCAUGUGCAAAUAGGAUGCACUGCAUGUCUUUAUAAUCUUUCCAAAGGUGAAUUCGCUAUUAUGAUUCACCCAUCAAUACUUAAGGAAGUUGUGGAAUUGACUAUGGUAGCGAUGGAAUCUUAUCCAACACAACAUAGACUUCAGAUGAAUACAUUACUGACUUUAUGUAGUGAUAGAAUUCUACAGGAUGUUACCUUCGACAAAUACAGAUGCGUGAAAUUAGUAAUGAAUUCGUUGUUAAUUUUUAACGACCCAUCAAUAAUUCGUAUGUCUGUUGCUAUUUCCUCAAUGUUAGUAGGAAAGAUAACACUGGCAGAAACGUCUAUGCUGGGUACUCAGCCACAGUAUAUGUCUGUAUUACUUGCAAUAGUUAAGUCUAAAAUUGAAUCGAAAUCAAUAGAUAUAACAAUGAAAUUUACAUUAAGUGUUCUUUGGAAUUUAACUGACGAAAGUGCUGCAACAUGUAAAGCCUUUCUAGCUGAAGGUGGAAUGGAAUUGUUUCUUUUAAUGCUUGAAAAUUUUCAAGGAGAGUCUAGCGUUGAAAUUAAAGUACUGGGGUUGCUAAAUAAUAUAGCAGAGGUUAAUUAUUUGAGGCCAAGGCUUAUGAUACCUAAAUUUAUGUGGAUGCUUUCUAUGUUGCUGGAUUCUGCACAUAUUGAUGUAUCUUAUUUCGCGGCAGGCAUUACUGCACAGUUGCUUAGCGAUGGCCCCCAACUGUGGUCUAGAAAUCAUUUACUACAAAAUAGAGAUCAAUUAUUACAACAAUUAGCUCGUACUGUGACAUGUUGGCGUACACCUCAAGGAGAAAUGGUUGCUUAUAGAAGUUUUCAACCAUUUUUCCCGCUUCUACGUUGUCCGGAUGCUCCUGUUCAACUUUGGGCAGUUUGGGCAAUACUGCAUGUAAUUACAAAAAAUCCAAAACAUUACUGCAGCAUGCUAAUCAGGGAAGAUGGCGUAAGGAUAUUAACAAAUUUAAUAACUUCACAUACAAACAUAAUAAGGUUGCGACAAUCAAUUCUUGAAAUGAUUAGUAAAAAUUCUUAACGACGACUAUUGCCUUCCAAAACAAAAUUUGCGUACCACGAAGUUGGUAUACUAGUCAAUGUUUAUAUCUAUGCAAUCUUAUAUCCUGUUCUUUAGACCAAAUAAUAAAACUAUUAUAUGAACAUGGUCAUUUAUCAAAAGAGGGGCGAAAGUCCAGGAUAUUGCUAUUAAAUUCUGUAGAUUCAAAUUGAGGACCUGAAUUAAAAAUCUGAUCACUAUAAAAAUGCAAUGAAAUAUUUAAAGAUAUACAUUGAGUUC